CGAACUUAGGACUGGCAACGACGUCGGGCCUAUACCUCUCGGCAGCAGUCGUGCAGAGUGUUGCGACGAACGAGUUCGCAUCCUUACCAUCUGUCGAUGCGGGAAUCUUUUUCGAUUCGAGUCAAUGCGAGCGACCUUAUUUCGUUAUCGUGCAUACAAAUAAGGAUGACCCCUUUGCAGCGCCAUAUAUUAAAAAAUACCGUCUUCCAGGGAUUGUUCCCGACAGUAAAUCAAGUCUAAUGGCAGACGACGAAAACGAUAAGUGGUUUCAGGAUACCAUGGAGGAGCUCAUCGAGCUCGAGAUGAAAGCAGCCAAGAAGAAGGAGAAGCGCAUCCGAGUCUUCUUCACACCAUCAGCUCUUGAGCGCUAUAACAAGAUCCCGGAGGAGAUGAAGAGGAAGAAAUCCAAGAAAGAUUUUCAGCAGCUGGAAGCGAGAGACCAGAAGAUAUUCGAAUAUUACCAACGUUCAACAGAUAGUAGUCAUCUCUUCAUCUCGCAAGAAGUCCUCAACAACAUCAACGCAGAACUGCAGAAGAAUGGCCAAGGCGAAGCUUCUUUCCAGGCAGGGAACAUAAACGUUGUCACAAGAUGCCCCGCCAGCGCAGCCGUUGCUUUUGUUAAGCAUGGUAGUUCUGACUACAGCUAGCUCCUUGCUUCUGAGACGUCUUCUGAUAAAUAACCAGCUGCUACUUCUUGAAAUCAAUCAAAUAGUGCUCUAAAUGAUAGCGCUCACCUUGUUAGGUAGCUCUCUAAUCACAGCGCAUCGACGCCGUUUGCGUAUUCCGCUGAGCAAUAUUUUACCGGCAACCGGAUGUAUUGCAAAAGCGAAAGCACGUUCUCCUUCUGGAAACGAGAACUUUUUCGACAGAAGUCGUGCAACCAGUGGCACCAGCCAGAAAUCCUUCCUCGAGGUUGCGGAAUGAGUGUCCACGACGAACUGGAGCGAAUUAUCGACAAACACAUUCCGAUCAUUAAGAUUCGGGGGAACGGGCAGAACAAGGGCUUUUCUAUUCGGUCUUGGAAGUGGAUGAAUAGUAGAAAAGUAUUCGAG